AUGAAGCUGCUGCAGAACUGCUGGAGCGAGCUGCUGGUCUUUGACCACAUUUUCCGCCAAGUGCAUUAUGGGAAGGAGCACAGCUUCCUGCUGGUGACAGGCCAGGAGGUAAAAGCACUAGUGUUUGCAGGUUCCACAAUGGCCAUUUUCAGAAAUACUGCCGCAAAAUGUUGUAGCAUGAAGUGCCACUGCUGCGGCUCAGGAUUAUGGCCACUUCCUUUCCUUUCCCCAUGCCCACCCCCCUUGUCUCAUCUCCCCCACCCCCAAAGGUUGGUCAGCCUUCUUGCCCACUGGGCUUCUGUUUUUGGGGAGUGUGUGUGGGCGUUCCCUCUACAUUCUUCCGCCCAAAAUCCCACCACCACCACCAAGCAUGGGUGGGACAGUUUUGGCUACAUAAACAACAGCACACAUGGAGAGCUGUUAUUGCUGUGGGUAUAUAAGAACGAUGAUUUGCCAGGAAUGUACAAAGUGUAAGAGGACACAGGUCCCCUGCCCCACGGGAGAGGGAGAUAGAGGCCGGAGUAAACAUGGGGGUAGGGAAGAGAAUCUGCAAGUACUCCAUUGCACAUAUUUAGACUUUGGGUUGCAGUUCUCUGAACACUUACUUGGGAGGAAGCCCUAUGGGAUGCUAAGGGACAUCACUUGUGAGUCAGCCUGCGUUGGAUUCCUGGCUAGUUAGACUUUGGUCGUUAUUGCUUAUCCUUCUGUGUAAAGCCAGCACCCAGAUAUAACCAUAUUUAUUGUAAUUUAGGCAACAACUGAGUCCAUUAACUGCUUUAAAGCCUUAACAGCUGAUUGCUCAAAAGUCUUUCUGAUGGAGGUUGUCCCCCACCGCCCAGCUCUUGAACCUCCUUGUUCCCCUGACAAGAUGGUACUUCUGGGGGUCCUGAGCCCUGUCCACCUCCCCUUUCUUCCAGGUGGACAUGUCGACCGUUGCCAUGCAGGCGGGAUCCAUCCUGAACAACUUGGUGCUGAGAGCGCAGGAACUGGUGCUUCACUUCCAUUCUCUCCAGGUGGACAGGCAGGAGUUUGUCUGCUUGAAGUUCCUCAUCCUCUUCAGCCUUG